UAACAAGUUGGGUCUCACCUCAGCCUAGAAUUAAGUGAAAUUCACUGUUUUUUAAAUCUGCUAGAGCUAAUUCAACUGUUACUGAAGCUUGAAGCCUGAACUGAAGUUUGUGGACUGUAGCCUAGCUGUAAAUUUUUUGAUAAACUGGUUAGGGCCUACACUAAACUUCAUUUUUAAAACAAUUACGUCUUCUCCAUACUACCCAUACAAAGCAGUGAAUUUUAUCAUUAUUAGCAAUGGCUGAUGAACUUGAAUAUCAUGUUACUUUUCCAACAAAAUUUUCAAGUGUUGCAACAAGGACAAGGGCUCAAAGAAGAAGUGCAGGAGCUGAAGCUGCUGCUGCUACAGGAGAUGUGGAAUUGACUGAAAGAAGUAGUCCAGACAAAGAGCCUGUCAUUUUUCUCCUUGGAUGGUACGGUGCCGAUGACAAAGAUCUUGCUAAGUACAGUGCAAUUUACCAGUCUGAGGGCUACGUCACCAUCCGGUACGUUCUCCCUGGAGAGUUCUUGUUCGAGGGUAAGCUUGGAGAAGUGAAUUUCAUCGCGGUGAAAGUUUUGGAAGCAUUCUUUGAUUUGGGCCUGGAGGAGAAUCCCAUAUUCUUUCACCUGUUCAGCAAUGGAGGAGGGUACAUCUACCGCGCAGUUACAGAACUGCUGAAUGGGCGCGAUCCCGGAGUUUUUGCAGCUCUCAAGAUCUGCGGUGUAAUCUGGGACAGUGCUCCCUGCAGACCCACCUUCUUCUCUGGAAUCCGGGCCUACUGUCUCUUCUCACCUGACAUCGACAGGCAGUUGCAGCCUUGGUAUGUCUCUUACAUGAAGAUGGCGCCAGCUUGGCUUUGGCUCUUGGUCAAACAUAUAGUCCUCCCAAGCUUCUGGGAAGCCAACAACCUCAUGAACUCCUACAUUCCAGCCAUCAUAUCAGAUAAGAUGCCUUGUCCCCAGCUGUUCAUCUACUCCAAAGCUGAUUGUAUCGCUUGGUACAAGGAUAUCCAGGACAUCGUCGUCAAGCGGAGGAAGCAGGGCUGCGACGUAACCGAGGCAUAUUGGGAGGACGGUGAUCACCUGGAGCAUCUUGCCAAGCAUCGUGAUGAAUAUGUUGACGCUUGCUUGGAUCUUGUAUCGCGAGGUUUGGAGUGCUUUGAAAGUGAUGACUGAACACGUGGUUUGCUUUUUAGAUCUUUGUUUUGUUCUGGCUCUUAUAUAUUCGCCUCUUCUUAUGCUUUUACCUCACUCUUAUGUCUCAUCACUGUAUACUUGUACUUUUAUUUAUCAUUAUUUAGAUGCUUCAUCAGAUGUACUAGUAAAACAAUUUUCUGUGUUUCCUUGCCUAAACAGAUACGGUAAAACAAUAAUUUUAGAAGAUGCGAGUACAUUCAGAAUCAGUAGACGCUGUCUUGCAUUUUGAAAUACACUUUAUCUUUAUCAAUAUAUUUAUGUAAAGCAUAUUUGUUCACAAUUUUUUAAAUUUGCACCUGAUAGUAUUUUGAUUUGAGUUUUAAAGAGCGAAAUGUACGUAUUUGCACCAUUACAGCGUAUACAUGUAUCUCAUAUUUUCAAGUUACUCUUGAACUGAAUACAUGUACCGGUACAUACAUGUGCAGGGAUGCAGAUAGUACAUGUGCAUUCAAACUUGCCUUGGUUGAAUUGGAAUACACUGUAUGCUGCCACUGAAUAUGCGUUCACUUUAUUCUUUUGAAAAUAUUAUAAAGCAUUCCUGGUAAAUAUCCAAGAAAGAUAAAUGCCAGCUGCGUGUAUAAUGAUUUCAAAAUGACUUUGUACAGAAUCUCAAAAUGACCACCCAAGCAUGUGUAGGCAUAAAUUAAAUACCGUAUAUGUGCUAGGGAAUAAUUUUCCUGGUAUCGCAAGUUUUCUCCACACUUUCGAAAGACUGCUAUACAUGAAAUCUUUUCUAUAUUUUUACAUAGGACUGUACUUGGUGGAGAGCUUUUCUAUUAUGACCAAAAAUGCUAUUCAAAUUUGUAGAGCAAAAUUAUUCCCUGUGUGCCAAAGGAUUCUGGAAGAUAUUAUGUAAUUGCUGAGGCAUGAAAAUAAGCAAGGGAUUCAAGCAAAAUGUUGGGUCUUUCUUGCCAGGCAAUGUUCUGAACCUGAUUUAAGGCCUAUCUCUUACAAUCCCUAACAUUUCACUGAUAAUUUGGAAAUCAUUGCUCUUAAUUGCGUGAGAAAUACUCACUAAUUAGGUUAUCAGCACUGGUGGACGGGGGGGGGGUGCACAAUUGAAAUUUGUGAUGUAAAUAUGCCGUUAAAACAGAAUUGUGCCCCCCCCCCCCUCCCCCCUUUUAAAUGAUUUUUUUUUCUUAAUUUUUUUUGUGGAGGAAAUGCCCUUAAUUUUGUGUUAAAACCUUUUUUUAGGGGGAGUUUUGCUGCUUCUUAAAUUUUUCCUCUUGAUAUUGUGCCCCCCCCCCCCUACUUUUGGAAAAUCCUGGAUCCAUCCCUGGUUGUCAGAGUAUGAUUUUCCAAUGAAACAGUGUUCUUGGUCCAUUACACAAAGCGUAGCUAUUGAUUUUUCCAAUGAUGUAAUUGCAUUUACAGCACAAUGUCCAAUCAAUUGAAAAUCAAGUUUAUGAUUAGUGACUAAGUUUUGUGUUACGGGAUCCUGAAGUGCGUUUUCAAUUCUAGCUACAUUUUACUGUUAUACCAGGUGGGGAUCCAUGUAAUCCAAACUUUGGAGAUUGAAGAAUAAUAAAAUAAAAAACAGACUAGUAGAAUAUGUUUGUUUUGGUUAAAAAACGAACAAACAAUGCUAUCAUAAUUUGGUUUUCCAAGGUCAAUGUCAAUGUAGUUAUUGCCUAUUGAAUAUACAUGUAUUAUACACAUGCACAUUGUACAGGAGGUGUUUAAAAAUUAAAUACAACUGUGAGUUUGAUGUUACUCCCAACUUUGGAAGUUUGUAAAUUCCUGAUUUCAAGCACUUUAUUUCAACUACCCCCCGCCCUGCCGUUUCUUAUAUAAGCAAAUGGAAAAGUACAAUGGCUUUAAUAUAGAUGCUUUUGUGUAUAGUUUAACAUUUGCUUCAAAUGACAUGCAAUUAGUAGAAGGUCUGCUAUAAAUUUUUGAAAAAAAAGUGUCAUUGGAAUGUUGCAUUCCGUGCUUGGAUGUUUGUAUUAUACACCAAAAUUCAGAUUUGUUUUUCACCAAUAUUGUAUUGAUUUUCGAUGCUUGUAUAUAGUCAAGUGUGGAACUGAAAUAAUUUAGAAAUA